AGUAUUGCGCCUGCGCAUCAAUGUACUGCACUUGAGUUUGAAUAAUGAAGUCAUAGGCUGUGUUCGAGUGUCAAAACCGCUAUGUGUCAUGGGUACACUGUGAAUGAUUGACUGAUCUACAAAUAACAUUGAGUAGUUAUUUAUGAUACAAAGUUAUUUGUAGAUCAGUCAGUCUCGAUUCGCCUUUAAAAUCGGCUGCAAUGUCGAAUGCGCCCCUAGUUCGUACAAGAUUAAGUUAUGUAAACUCCCCUUUUUUUGUGACAAAAUGUGCAAUUCACACUCCGACCUGUGAAUGGCAGCAAUACACAACACAGCGUCUGGUCUGCCGGAAACUCACAAGAAGAAAUAAGUAAUGUAAACGUUAUCUAUGCUUGAAGUAUAAUUCCUACCGUGCAAUAGACACCGAAAUCGCGGAGAAAAAUCGACUAAAACAUACUUUAUUUGCUUGAUAUUGAGGAUACUACGUUGAUAGCUCUACCCCAAAAUGGACCUGCCGCUGCAAAUGGACAAUUUCAAUAGCACCAUAGAGGAUUGGGCUACAUAUAUCGAGAGACUUGAGCAGUAUUGCUUUGCUAACGAUGUAGAACAUGAAAGGAAAGUGGCGGUACUUCUAGGUGUAAUGGGAGCAAAAACAUAUAACUUGCUAUGUAGCCUUACAGCACCGACAAAGCCAGAAGAGAAGACCUUUAACGAGAUUGUACAUGUGUUACAGACUCAUCUACAUCCAAAGCCGCUGGUCAUAGCCGAACGUUUCCUAUUUCACAAACGGAAUCAGCAAAAGACAGAGUCAAUACCGGAGUACAUUGCGGAGCUCCGCCAGCUCUCGCAGCAUUGUCAGUUUGGACAGGGAUUGUCAGAUGCGCUCAGAGACAGGCUGGUAUUUGGGUUACACAACGAGAGCACACAGAAACGUCUAUUAUCAGAAAUAGAUCUGACAUUGGCGCGUGCAUUGGAGAUCGCCAUUUCAAUGGAAACUGCCGCAAAAGACGCAGGAGAGUUACAGAGGAAAAAUACAGUUGCAUGCACAGUGAACAAGUUUAACACCCGAGGUCAAGAGAAAUCACAGGCAUGCUUUCGGUGUGGUAAAAAGUCACAUGACCCCACCGAUUGCUGGUUUAAAGACAAAGACUGUAAACAAUGUAACGAAAGAGGACACAUACAGAUAAUGUGCAAAUCGAACCAGAGUGAUAAAAAGUCACCCAAAACAGGAAAGAGAGACGGAAAUGUGCAUCAGGUUACUGAAACUGAUUUAAAUGACUCUGAUAAAGAAGACUUGUCAUGUCUUGAACUUUUCUCUCAUAAAGAGACAGAUCGCAAAAUAAUCUGUGUGUCACCUGAGGUAGAGGGGGUGGCACUAAAGGACACAAUGUUUGACAGCAAAGACAGUUUACAUACAGACAGACAACUGCGUCAGAGAACUUUGGAGAAAGGGAAGGAAAUGGCCACAAUCUCUGAUGACGAUGAUGGUGAUGAUGACUAUGAUGGUGGUGACGAUUAUGGUGAUGAUGAUGAUUAUGGUGAUGAUGAUGACUAUGGUGAUGAUGAUUAUGAUGGUGGUGACAGUAGUUAUAAAGAUGGUGAUGAUGAUGCCUGUGACAACAGUUCCAAAACCAGAGACAAGCCCUACCACUGCAUAGACUGUGGUAAGAAUUUUACCAGAGUCUAUCAUUUAAAAAGACACAAGCAAACACAUAGCAAAGAGAAAUUUCACCACUGCUCCGAUUGUGGUGAAAGCUUCACCCGACCGGAACAUUUGAAAAAACACCAGCGAAGACAUAUGACUGACAAAUCAUACCAUUGCACUAACUGUGAUGAGCGUUUCUCUAAAGCAGCACAACUAAGAAGUCACAUGAAAGUGCAUGCCGGGGAAAAGCCUCACCUCUGCACCGACUGUGGGAAACUAUUCCAGUCGUUACACGCAUUUGAAAGACACCAGCAGAAACAUACUGGAAAGAUGCUUCACCAAUGCUCGGACUGUGGUAAAGUUUUUACCCGAGCCUAUCACUUGAGAAGACACCAGUAUACACACAAAGAGAAGUCCAAUCACUGCUCCGAUUGUGGUAAGAGCUUCACUCGAUUGGAACAUCUAAAAAGACACCAGCGGAAACACAAGGAAAAGACACGUUACCACUGCUCUAUGUGUGAGGAGAAGUUCUCUACACAGGCAAUGUUAAAUAGUCACCUGCAGGUACAUGUUGGAGAGCUACCUCACCAUUGCUCUGACUGUGGAAAGGCGUUCUCAGACAAAAGACAAUUUGAAAUCCACCAGAAUAGACAUCAGCGAAAAACUGUAAAAGAGAGGUCUUACCUCUGCAGUGACUGUGGAAUGACUUUCAGCAAGCCAAGCGCAUUUAAGGUGCACCAGAGAUCUCACACAGGAGAAAAACCAUACAGCUGCUCAGAGUGUGGGAAGAGUUUUGCCCAGUCCACCACACUCCGGAUCCACCUCCAGUGGCACGCUGGGGAGAGGGCCAGCUACUCCUGCCCUGUCUGUGGGAAGACUUUCUCUCGCUCUAACAGCGUGAGGAGACACCAGAUGGUUCACACAGGAGAGAGACCUCAUGAGUGCCCCUGCUGUGGGAAACGCUGCUUCCGACGGAGUGCUCUGAUCAUACAUAUGAGGAUUCACACUGGAGAGAAACCAUACAUUUGUUCUGAGUGCGGGAAGAGGUUCUCCCAAGAUGGCGACCGGAAACGACACCAGAUAAGACACCACCCUGACCUCUGACCUGAAGAGGACAGCAGGCACAGGCAGUCUUCAGUAGAGGCACACCAAUCCGAAAUCCACCAUCAGCCCCUACCCUCCUAGCUCAUACCCCCUAGCUCCUAUACCAGGGGGUAGCAAACUCAUUCCUGGACAGUCUAGUGGUUUUUAUUAUUUCCUUUCCAUUUGUGUCCAAUGAACACCUAGAAACGAGGUGAGGGGAGUUCCUAAUCAAAUACAAGGGAGGAGCGACAACUGGCAGACACUCGACCCUCCAGACAUUGAGUUUGACAUCCCUGCCCUCUACCCCCUGCUCCUAACAUCUAGCUCCUAACCCCUAGCUCCUACUCCCUAACUCCUACCCCUAGUUCCUACGCCUAGCUCUUACCCCCUAGCUCCUACUCCCUAGCUCCUACUCCCUAGCUCCUACUCCCUAACUCCUACCCCUAGUUCCUACCCCUAGCUCCUACUCCCUAGCUCCUACCCCUAGCUCCUACCCAGUAGUGAAAAUCUCAUAGAAUGUAACCAUGGGUGAACCAUUUCAUGUCAGGUUGUCUGUUUUGUUUGCUUUUCCAUUUCCUCCAUUAAUUAUACAGUGUAAUUUGAGAUGUGCUGUACUGUGUUCAGAGAACUGUCCUGUAGUUCUCCCUUUCUGUUAGACUCACACUUGCUGCUUUCCAAAUAACAUAUGACAAAUGUUUUAGCCACAGGGUAAUAAAUGUUUGUGAACCACUGUGUUAUUAGUUUGUGUUUCCAUGCAGUCACUUUGAGUCAAGUUUAACAACCAGUAAUACAUUCAUCAGUGCUUGUUUAUGUCAUUGCAAACCAGAAGGUGAUAGUUGGGGUGUGCUGAGUUAUCUGAGACUAGGAUUACACACAGUCCCUCUAUGUUUAUGUAUUCAGUAAGUAUUCAGACCCAUUCACCUUUUCCACAUUUUGUUACA